GCCACUUGAUAUCCACCGGGUAAACGAAAAUUUUCUCGGUGUGUUAUAUUGGUGGGACACAGGCUUUUCUAGGGAAAGUUCGAUGGAAGUUCAAGAACUUGGUCUUUAUUUGGGUCAGGCUUCAUCGAGGGUCCUACCCGCUCUGAUAAUCAUCAUAUGAACCGCGAAUCGCUCAACUAUCACGCAGCUGUUUGUAUCUAUCUGUGUACGUAUCCAUCGGUUUUAAGGAUCUUCUUCAAUCUCUUUGCAAGUUCUUGAAUCAUUCUACGGUUGAUGAAGCGCGACAAUUCCGUUAGUACCAGCAGAAACCCUAACUUUCACAUUGGAGCAUUCAAAGUUCCAUAUCGAUGGCAGACCUCAAAGAACGCCUGCUCCCGCCAAAAACUGCUUCGGUCGCCAAUCUUAGAGAUUCAUCUUAUCGCCCCUCUGCCUCUGUGCAUCAACCCUUUCAUGGCGUGGAUGUUACAGGCUUGAAAAAGCGUGGCCAAGGCCUUCGAUCGUGGAUCCGGGUUGAUGCAUUAGGGAAUUCCCAAGUCAUCGAAGUUGACAAGUUCACUAUAAUGCGUCGAUGUGAUCUUCCUGCACGAGACCUACGCCUGCUUGAUCCGCUAUUUGUGUACCCCUCAACAAUCCUUGGCAGGGAGAAGGCUAUUGUCGUAAAUUUGGAGCAGAUUCGAUGUAUUAUCACGGCUGAUGAGGUUCUGCUUUUGAAUUCGCUUGAUAGCUAUGUGUUUCAGUAUGUGGUGGAGCUACAAAAGCGAUUGACAACUGCAGGGGUGGGUGAGGUUUGGCGGUCAGAAGGUACUGACUUGAGUAGCAGGAGUGGAAAUAGGAGUUUUGAUAGUUUGUUUGGGAGCACGUCGCCUGAUUACUUGCCCUUUGAGUUUAAGGCUCUUGAAGUUGCUCUAGAGGCUGCUUGUACUUUUCUGGAUUCACAGGCAGCGGAAUUGGAAAUUGAAGCAUAUCCACUUCUAGAUGAACUGACAUCAAAGAUCAGUACCUUAAACUUGGAGCGUGCACGGCGACUGAAAAGCAGACUUGUUGCCCUAACUCGACGAGUACAGAAGGUUAGAGAUGAGAUAGAGCAGCUAAUGGAUGAUGAUGGAGAUAUGGCUGAAAUGUACCUCACUGAAAAGAAAAGGCGGAUGGAGUUAUUUUUCUCUGGGGAUCAAUCUGUAACGGGAUUCAGAUCUUCUGACGGUGUUCAAUCUGUUUCUGCUCCAGUUUCUCCUGUCUCUUCACCCCCUGAUGGUAGUAGGAGGCUCGAGAAGAGCUUGAGCAUUGCCAGGAGCAGACAGAGUGCGAGGAGUACAGAAAGUGGGACAGAGAGGAUUGAAGAACUGGAGAUGUUGUUGGAGGCUUAUUUUGUUGUCAUUGACAGCACCCUCAACAAGUUGACAUCUCUGAAGGAGUACAUUGAUGACACGGAAGAUUUCAUCAAUAUUCAGCUGGAUAGUGUCCGAAACCAGCUUAUCCAGUUUGAGCUGCUGCUAACAACCGCAACGUUUGUCGUUGCCAUCUUCGGAGUGGUAGCGGGUAUAUUUGGCAUGAAUUUUCCAAUAGCUUUGUUUGAUGACGCGGGUGCAUUCAAAUGGGUGCUACUGAUAACUGGAGUAACAGGGGCUUUCAUAUUUUGUUCAUUCUUGUGGUUUUACAAGCAUAGAAGACUGAUGCCGCUGUAAAUUGGUGAAGGAAAUUGAAAACUCUUGGAGCUAAGUUAAUGCAAUAAGUAUCACGUUUCCAUAAUUCAUUGACCAUAGAAAAAGGAAAAUGUUUUGGAUUACAGAGAUCUUUUUAUUUUUUGGUACGUCGGAAAUUCAGAUUACAGAUAUCUGGACUUAGACCAACAUGUGUUCACAGCACUGCUCAUAGAAUGACUAGAAAAUAAAGGUGGAUAGCCUUGAGAGCAAUUCUUGUAAACCUGUAUUUUUCAUUUAGCUUCUUUUCUCCUUUCCCUUAGCAGGGAUGGAGUCUUUUUUAGUCUGUAAAGGUUUUCAAUGGCAUGCCCUUGCCUUCCCUC